UUCAUUCCCAAAUAUUGCAUCUCCUAGAUCGUCUUAUGCGUAAUGGUCGCUCAGAGGAUGAAUUCAUUGCUGAAAUGGACAGCGAUACUCAUUUGCCUAUCUUCCUUUAUCCUAAACAUCGUGCUAAUAAGCCUUAAUUCAAAUAAGGAGCCAAAAUGCACUUCGAAGCCGCUCCAUCCUUUGAGGGGCCAGCACAACCCGCGUAGCGCCGUCUUUGCCGACUUGUCUGCAAAUGAAUAUCUACAAGUGCGCGACUACAUGCUUAAUCUGAAAAACGUGGACAUUUCGAAUCGUAAUAUUACCGAUCCCUCCAAAAACUUCUUGUUUUUAAUUGAUCUCUCUUUGCCGAAGAAAAUGGAUGCCCUGCGCUACCUAGAUAGUAACGGGCCCAAACCAGUAAGGGAGGCGACCGUCGUGGUGUUCCACGGCAGCCAGGGAAACAUCAAGGAGUACGUGGUGGGACCUCUUCCACAUCCGAAAUACCACCACGAUGUCACCAUGAAGAAGUACAAAACCGAGUUGCCUAUCAACGCGCGAACAGUCACAAUUGGGGAGUAUGUCGUUCUUUUUAAGUUUCUCGACAAGGAGGUAUUUUCGAAACUUGGUAAAAUCAUGAAAGAAAGUUUUAAUGUCAGCAAAGAAAAUAACUUGAAUGCUUUUGAGGGAAUGCCCAGAGGUGUCCAGUCGGGCGACAGACACACGUGGAUAUCUUUUUUCAGGGAUUUGAGCGGGAUGUACAUACACCCCGUAGGAUUCGAAGUCUUGGUCAACCACAACAGCACAGACUCAUCCAAUUGGAAAGUUGAGAAGGUGCUUUACAACGGAAUAUAUUUCAACAGUGUGGAGGACCUGAAAAAACAAUACGAGUCAGGGAAUGUAGCUAAAAUAGUCUUUAAAUCUAUUCCGAAUUAUGCAUCGUUGAAACUUAAAAGUAAACCAACAGGAUUGAGCCCACAGCAAUAUUACGCACAAGGCAAACGCUUUAGUGUCCAUGAUAAUCAUGUCAUAUACCUCGACUGGAGUUUUGCGUUUGGGUUAAGUUCACUUACCGGUAUGAGAGUUUUUGACGUCAAUUUCAAGGGGGAGAGAAUAGUUUAUGAACUAAGCGUACAGGAGGCAAUGUCGGUGUAUGGUUCUGUCACACCAGGGAUGAUUCUGACAAAGUUUAUUGAUUCCAGCAUCGGAAUAGGGCGCUUUGCUCACGAACUCGUCCGAGGAAUAGAUUGUCCAUAUGAGGCAGCAUACAUUGACACCUACCGAUACAUCGACAUCGGUACCCCCCAGCGAUUUAGGAAUUCUAUAUGCGUUUUUGAGCACAAUACCGGCCGUCCUCUUAGGAGGCAUUUUUCUGACUUUUUUCAUAAUGGUUAUGGUGGACUAGUUAACAGCGCCUUGGUGUUUCGGACAAUCACAGCCAUAGGCAACUAUGACUACAUAUGGGACUUCAUCUUUUACCAAAGUGGUUCAAUUGAGGCCAAGGUGCACGCCACGGGAUACAUCUCUUCAUCUUUCAAAGUGGACGGCAGUUUAAAAUACGGCCACCAGGUGGCGGAAAAUACAAUUGGAAACAUCCAUACCCAUUUCAUCAAUUUCAAAGUUGACUUGGACAUAUUAGGUGUUAAAAAUGUGUUCCAGACCAAGGACAUGAAGUAUGUGAAGGUGCCACUGCCCUGGAAGCCAGAGCGCUCUGCCAUGGUUCCACAGCUGGUGGAGAAGCAACUGAAGACGGAGCAGGAGGCUGCACUCCGCCACGACACCAAGACGCCACGUUACCUCCACAUUGCCAGCAAUCGCACCAACCGAUGGGGCCACCAGCGUUCAUACCGCAUCCAGGUGGUCACCUUCGCUGGGGAACCCCUUCCAGAGGCAGAACCAGAGGAGAAGUCCAUGUCUUGGGCUAGGUAUAAAGUGGCCAUUACCAAGCACAAGGACUCAGAGCAGACGAGUAGCAGUCUGUACAAUCAGAACAACAUCUGGACUCCAGCAGUCGACUUCAGCAAGUACAUUGAGGACAAUGACAGUAUCGAAAAUGAGGACCUGGUUGCCUGGGUAACCGCUGGCUUCCUUCACAUCCCUCACGCUGAGGACAUCCCUAACACAGUUACCGUGGGGAACGGGGGCGGGGUCAUCCUGAGGCCUCACAACUAUUUCGAUGAGGACCCAUCCAUCCACUCUCAGGAUGGGGUGUACAUCGCACCUGGCUCAGAGGAGAGUUGUGAGAACAACAAGAUGGCCUGCUUGGCUGAGGACACCUGCAGCCCUGCCCUCGAACCCUUCACCUACCAUGGCUUUGAGGGAACAAUGAAGUUUGAGGAGUGACACUCUAAAUCUGCUGGGUACACUUGUUUAGCUUGAUCUCACAUAGAGAUCUUGGGUAGUAACAGACAUCCUUCCUCUGCACUUACUAAUUAACAUUGUUAUGAACACCACAUGCAUACAUGUACUUAUGCAUUAACAUAGAGACGAUUUAUCUCCCACAUUUUAUUAACUCUAGUCAUCCUUAUAACCACUGCCUACACUUUUUAAUUUUUCUUUAUUGCGCUGAAUUUGACUAAUUUUAACAUUGUUAUGAACACCACAUGCAUACAUGUACUGAUGCAUUAACAUAGAGAUGAUUUAUCUCCCACAUUUAUUAACUCCAGUCAUCCUUAUAACCACUGCCGACACUUUUUUAUAUAUAUUAUUUUACAUAAUAACAUUAUUUGUUGGUUGCCUGUGUAUAGAUGCACAAUGUUUUUUGUAUUUGAACAGCUGAUGGUGUAUGAGUCCAAGACAAAUUUUCAUCAGAACAAUAAAAUCUAUCACAAGUGUGUGAUUGAUAUAGGACACCUCAUUUUAGAUUUUACAUUGUUCUUUUUAACUUCACAAAUAGCAUACAAAAGUAUGUAUGUGUUUAUAAAAUAAAGGCAGUUGUUUGUUAAAAUGG